CCUGGUUACCGCUAAUACUCACUCGAUAGGAGGAAACGCUAGAAUCGAAGCUACUGCAGCCAUGCCUCCAACCAUUGAACAAGAGCCAACCAAAGUACUCCUUUACCCACUUUUUAUCGUCGUUGUCGAAUUGAAAGUGAGAAAGGAUCUGACAGCCGGAGAGAGCUUGGCAGAGCACUCACCCAGAAUCCAGAUGUCGCUAGCUGUAACAGGUUAGCGUUUCCUCCUAUCGAGUAAGUAUAUGCGGUACUG